AUGCCUGCUACUACACGCAAGAACACAAAGAGACCGGCCUCCGAUCCUAAGCCAGGUCCGCCCGCAACCAAAAGAGUCAAACAGGAUGCUCCAAAGGCCACCUCAAGAAACACUUCCAAGAACAUAGAAAGGCCAAAACGAACCUCCAAGCAAAAAGAAAAGGCCAAAGAGGCUAAGAAAGACGAGAGGGGAAAAUCAAAACCCAAGACAGAUUCACAGUCAAAUGGAACUUCGAGAAACACCCGGGCUGCCACCAAUAAAACAGUCGAUGCACCCAAACGCUGGCAGAUGAAUGAGUCAGAUUAUGAAUUGUCAGGGUCAGACUACUUCCUCCAUGUAUUGAACUUUUCUCUUCUGGUCGCAACUCUUUUUUGA